AGGCGACACCUCGACUUUGCGUCUAGCCAAAGGCCAGGAUUUUGCGGAUGGGCUUCAGAAGGGUGACAGCGUCGCGGCCCGGUCCACCUUUCGCACCAACGGCGCAAUUUCGUUCCUCUCCGCGACGAGCCAUUUUGUCUUUGUCGGGACGGCGAAUGGGAUGUUGACCAUCUACCGCACGAAGGAGGACAUUUUCGAUCAGGAGCUGCAGCUAUCGAAGCCCUUUCGCACAGAAAUGUUUUCUGCCGCCGGGGGAAUCGUCAGCGUCUUUGUGAACCCGGCCGGAUUUACGUGUUGCGCAAUUACCACGGCCGGGAGUGCGUUUGCGUUCUCGGUGCACGGCGGGGGAACGGUAGCUAUGGUCUUAUGUUGUGCUGUUUUAAUAUCCAACUGGAUUUCAUGUUCCACUGUGCACUGGUGACUGGGAGUUGUAUAUUCGGAUUGCAAAAAUAGACUCAGAUAGAUUGAUUCGCAGAGAAAGAGGAAAUAAAUCGAAACUUCUAGUACCAGCUAAGGAGAUAGUUUGUUUUUAGUCUCAGCUCAACGCAAAAACAGCCCAUGGAGAUUGCGUCCGCGGAAAAGCAAAUCACGUGCGGCUGCUACGUGGAACACGAAACUCAAGGCGGCGGACCGAAAGUCUCCGCGAUUGUUCUAGGUGCGAAGGGUACCAAUCUCUUCCUGUACGACGUUGUGGCCUCGCAGCUGAAACCCCUAUCCGUCGAGAACGAGUCUGGCGAAGAGUUCGAUGCGGCAGUCAACCUCGUUGGUGUUGCGGAAUUACCGACAAGCAGUAGUACCAACGUCACCGCUGGUGGAUCAUUGUCGCCGAUCCUCUUCUGCUUCUUCCUUACCGACAACCAAGACCCCUCGGAGCCAGACCAGACGAGCUGGCAGAUGGCGGGGCAGUUGCUAGCAAAUGAGUCGAAGCUGAAGCUCUCGGGUGGAACAUGCAACGAAAUUUACGUGGAAGGAAGUGAGUUUCUACAACCAGACGGGGCGAAACCAAGCACGUGCUACUUCGAAAGGAUUGCAGGAUGGGAUGCGUUGCUGGUGGGGCACAGUGCGGCAAACGAAACGCAAUUGUUCACGUUCGACGAAGGAAAGGGACAAGUGGUAUGUGGAAAAAUAAAUUGUGAUUUCGUAUAUGUUGAUGUUGAUGCUGAUUCUGAUUGCUUCAAGUGAAACUAACUUGAACUUGUGUUUUUGGCAGCUUCCACACGUGCCCCGCCCCCUGGUCAAAGUGUGCUGGGCCAGCAGGAGGAUGAUCACAACUUCGAACAGUACUCAUCUGUAGUUAUGUCACAAAUCGCAUUUAGUACUAUCACAGGUUUGCCUUCGUCCCCCCGAGGGCCGCAACCUCGGUUCCCCGGACACCGACUCCUUCGUCAAGGGAUUCUCCGUUCUUGCCUCGUACCAAAGCGUCCAGAGCCGCGGCACCGCCCAGGAACCCAUGGAGA